CUUUCCUCAACUUUAGUCUCCACGGACAACAGAUCAGAUCUUUGUUGUGCAUAGUGAAUUGGGAGUUGGGUUGCUGCCCAAGUUGCUCCCUGGAUUUCUGAUACGGUCCGUUGGGCGUGUUGUGAAAGCUCUCUCCGCUCAUCUAUCCGAAUUAAGGCAAUAUGGUCGUCUGUACAUUCUUUCAGCAAGGCCGGUGUAAAUUUGGCGAACGAUGCAAGUUUGAACACCCAAGCCAAUCAACGAUAGCAGGUAAUCGAUUUGGUGCGCUCGCCGGGGGAGGCGGGUUUGCAGGGCGUUCAAACCAGCAGAACCAGCAGAACCAACAGGUGCAAAAUUACGGGAUAACAGCGGCUGAUAUCAAGGUCGAUCUGACGGCCGGCCAAGGUCGGCCAAAUUGGGUCUUUUCCUGCUAUGGUCCUGGGCGGAAUGCGCCGAAGCAACUGUUUGGAGGACCGCAGCGCGAACAGAGUUUCGAAGAGUUGCGUCUGCGCCAUUAUGAAGCGACUGCGGCCGGCAACCCUGGUCAGGCGCUUCAAGAGGCCCAGGCGCUCUAUGCUGAGUCCCUGAGCCAGAUGGAAGUUAUCCUGAGGGAUCUGGACGGGGCCGUCAAAUACCUUAUUGACGGGGCAAAUGAGCAUCCCAACCGGAUUGAUAUAUCAGAGGGGAAAACAGGCCCUUCUCAGCCUGGCCCUUCUCAACCCGGCCCCCAAGGCCUUUCGGCGUUCGGUCAGCCUUCAGCGUUCGGCCAACCUAGCGGUAUAACGCCGCAGCCGUCGGGCUUUGGCCAACCUUCUGCCCCCGGCUCUCAGUCGGCAUUUGGCAAACCGUCUGGAUUUGGCCAGCCAUCCGCCUUUGGGCAACCAUCGUCCGUGGGGCAGGCUCCAGGGUUUGGACAGCCCAGCUCGAUCAGCCAGAGGCCUGCAUUUGGACAGCCGGCGCCGCUUGGGGGACAACCGGCAGCACUUGGGAGCCAGUCAGCGUUUGGAAAACCCGCGUUUGGCCAGUCUGGCUUCGGGCAACAGCAACAGCAACAGCCACAGCCACAGCAGCCUGCGUUCGGUCAGUCAGGAUUUGGCCAGCCGUCGGCGCUAGGAGGGUCCGGGUUCGGCAAGGCUUCUAAUACCGCGUCCCCCUUCAAUCAAUUAGCAAACCAGAACCAGGGCAUGGCUGGCUUUGCACAGCCGCCUGGACAGACAACCGCCUCUCCAUUCGGACAAGUUGCUGCACAACAACCCGCAGCCCCUUCUGGGUUUGGCCAGCCGUCCUCUCAGCCAAGUGGCUUCGGGCAGGCUGCACCCGCCGCAUCACCCUUUGGGAAACCCCAGCAACAGGCAAGUCCCUUUGGCCAGGUAUCCCAACCGGCCCAACCGGCCCAACCGGCCCAGCCAACCCCGCCAGCCGCCGCUGCAAACCCGUUCGGGGCUCCCGCCCAGCCAGCAGCUGGAUUCGGGCAGCCCGAACCCAAACCAUCUGGAUUCGCCCAGCUCCAACCGCAGCAACCGGCGGCGGUGCAGUCCGCAACGGCGGGUACUGGGCCCCCUGCGAUCAUGAGGGUCCAAGACCCCAACGACCUUAACCCGAUCCCACCCCUAUCCGGACAGACUACCCGCAAUGCUCUGACCAAACGGCUGGAUACAUGGAAAGGACAACCGGUGAAGUACAUCGACAACGCUCCGUGCUAUCUACACCCGCAAGAUCGCCAGACAUACGUGCACAUAUUCUUUCCCGACGGACCCCCGGACGCAGCUAGUCUGCGAGAUGCGCAUGGAAAGCCGGAAGAAUACACCCCGGAGGUCAGCGGGCAGUAUGAGUUCUUCGUGAAGAAUGGGUACUUCAAAGACGGCAUCAUCCCCAGCGUGCCUCCCAAGACCGAGUGGGUGAGCUUCGACUUUUAGACAUGGGGAUUGGACUUUCUCGCAAGAUUUAUGUAUGUUUAUCGUAAUUGGGCGUUUUAUACAGGGGAAUGAAGGCGUUUUCGGUGAAUUAACCAACCAAU